GUUGCCUUAGUCUGCUAGAUACUUUAUUUAUUCCUUUUUAGCGAUUUUGCUUCUUUUCCAUUAAGCGCCCAUGCUAUCCCCUUGAAUAUAUUUUAUUUUUUUCAUGGGCCACCUUACUUUUGCUUUCCCAUCUUGCCCUUAUUUUAUUAUUUGGUUCCCAAGAUAAAGGAGUGAGAUAAAUUGAAUUGGACGAGAGAUGGCCAGAAAUGUGAUGCACGCGGUUCAGUACUACGCCUAUGGGCGAGGACCCAAUGGCUUGAAGCACGUUGAAGUUAACGUUCCGACUCCAAAGCCAGACCAAGUUUUACUGAAACUUGAAGCAAUUAGCAUAAACCCGAUCGAUUGGAAGAUUCAGAAUGGUCUUCUGCGCCCUUUGUUUCUUCCAAGAAGCUUUCCUCACAUACCUUGCACUGAUGUCGCCGGAGAGAUAGUUGAGAUUGGCACGCAAGUCAAAGAUUUUCAAGUUGGCGACAAAGUCGUUGCCAAACUCACUCAUCAAUAUGGAGGUGGACUGGCUGAGUUUGCUGUGGCUAGUGAGAGCUUAACAGCUGCCAGACCGUCUGAAGUCUCGGCUGCUGAAGCUGCGGGUUUACCCAUCGCUGGUCUCACUGCUCGUGAUGCCCUCACUCAAGUUGCAGGAGUCAAGCUUGAUGGGACUGGCGAGCCCAAGAACGUUUUAGUAACUGCUGCUUCAGGUGGUGUAGGUCACUAUGCUGUUCAACUGGCAAAACUAGGGAACAACCAUGUCACAGCCACUUGUGGGGCUCGCAACAUUGACUUUGUUAAGGGCUUAGGAGCAGAUGAGGUUCUUGACUACAGGACCCCAGAGGGGGCAGCACUAAGGAGUCCAUCUGGUAGGAAAUAUGAUGCAGUGAUACAUUGUACAUCUGGAAUACCCUGGUCAGCUUUUGAUUCUAAUCUGAGUGAAAAAGGGGUGGUGGUUGAUUUAACACCCACCCCAAGCUCAUUUAUGACUUUUGCUCUGAAGAAACUUACUUUUUCCAAGAAGCAGCUGGUGCCAUAUUUCGUCACUGUCAAGCGUGAAGGCCUGGAUUAUCUAGUUCAAUUAGUGAAAGAUGGAAAACUCAAGUCUGUAAUUGACUCGAAGUUUCCUUUGAGCAAAGCUGAAGAUGCUUGGGAUAAGAGCAUUGAUGGCCACGCUACUGGAAAAAUUGUUGUAGAGCCAUAGGUACAGUUUACGUGGAGGAAUUGUAUUUCUAGUUUCUGCGUAUCUGUACAAGGUUUGUGAAAACUCAUAAAAUUGAAUAACAGGGCAUAUCAUAUGUUGUAAGGAUUUUAAGUUAAUAUUUAUGCUCUUGCUGGUUUGUGUAUGACGAUAUGCUUUAUUAGGCAACUUUUUUUCAUGUCCUACGUGGUUUUGUGCAUUCAGGAAACGGGCUAAGAUAAACCCUGUGUGAAAUGUGCCUAGAUUCAUAGAACUCCGUGGUGAUAAGUGUUAAUGGUGGACCGCUUGACCUCCAUAUAGUGAGGAAUAAGCGUUCUACAUUCUGGUUGAGUAUUUUUCUGAAAGACGCAUUAAGAUGGACAUAGGACAAAAUUAAGUUACUUUGAUUUUCGUUUAGGUGCGAUCAUUUUUAUCAUUUUUUUUUUCUCUUGCUUAUGUAGCAAGAAGAAACUGUUAAUCUCUGCUGCUCUGAAGAACUUUUUUCC